AUGGGGAGCUCAGGAUCCGUGUGUGCAGAGCUCCUGGAACAGAUGGGUUGGAAGGAUCCACCGCUGGCUGGAGACUUUCACCAUCCUGGGCUUGUGAAUUACCUGCAGAACACGUAUCUGGAAGUCGUACUUCCCGUCCACGCUCCUCAAAAUGACUAUGGAUGUGAGCAAAAGACCAAGCAGUAUCCUCGGCCAAACUUCUGCUGGGAGGCGUACAAGAUGCACCUUGCCAUGAUCGGCCCCAGCUCCACCUGCAAAAAACAGUUCCUGGAAUUCAUGCCCCAGAUCGCACACAUCUUCAAGGGCACUGGCAGCAAGUUGGCACCCGGUCGAGAGGCAGUUCCAUAUCACUUCCUUGACAGUGACCUGAACAGGGUCGUGCUGUGGGAUUUGCCAGAGAUUAACUUCAACCAAAAGGCGGAGGAUUACGUCCGCGAGCUUGGCCUUCUGUAUAUCGACUGUGUUUUCGUGCUGUUCUCAGAGAAGUAUGUGCUGACGGACAUCUACUGCAAGUUGGGUUCCAAGAUGGCCUUGCAUGGAAUCCCGUUCUUUGUCCUGUGCACACAGAGCGAAGAGGGCAUGGAUGAAAAAGCAGUUCGAAGGCUUCAAAGCUCCUUCCAGGCGCAGAGUGUGCAGGUCCGCAUGUUCAAUCCAGCCAAACCGCAUGAGACCCUGGAGCCAUUGAUCAACGAUUUCUUCAAAGAGGUCACCUGGAACAGAAGCAAGGGUGCGAACAGCGACAGAGUCAAGAAUGCUAGUGAGACUGUGCUGGGCCAGACCGUCAGAAUCAAGAACCUCGAGAAGAAAGCAGAGCUCAAUGGCAGGUGCGGAGUCUGUAUAGGAUAUGAGAAGGAGCAGGACCGCUACAUUGUCCGCCUAAUUAUGGGUGGCGUGGAGACUGAGUUCGCAUUGAGGGACCAGAGCUUCAGCGUCCUAAAGCCAAAGUUGCGCGGCUCGCUCGUGCAAUUGAAAGGGCUGCAAUCCAAGCCAGAGUUGAAUGGUCGCUAUGGUUUUGUAGAUGAGUUCCUUCGGGAAAACGAGCGCUACCGGAUUUUCGUUCCUGACAAGCCGGGUGUUGCUCUCAACAUGGCGCUGAAGUCAGAAAACCUGGAAAGGGUGACAUCAACACCCAGUGCCAAGCCAGUACCAGCGGCAUCAACAGGUUCCUCAUCAUUGCCAGCUGCAAAGUCCGGUUUUGCACCUCCCUCUCGCAAGCCAGUUCAGGCCCCGGCAGCAAAAGGUGCAGCAAGUCGUGCAGCAAAUGGUGCCGCGAAUGGUUCUGCAAAUGGGGCCACGAAUGGUGCGGCCAAUGCAGCAAAUCGUGCAGCGAAUGGUGCGGCAAAUGGUGCGGCAAAUGGUGCGGCACAUGGCGCUUCAAAUGGCGCUUCAAAUGGCACUUCAAAUGGCGCUUCAAAUGGCGCUUCAAAUGGUGCUUCAAAUGGUGCGGCGAAUGGGGCGGCAAAUGGGGUGGCAAAGCCUGCUGGGGCUUCUGUGGAACCCAGGAAGGAAAAGCCAGCAGCCGCUCCGAAGGAAGCAAAGCCACAAGAGGAUGACGACCUGUCUGCCUUUUUGCCCAAAGUCGGAGCUGCUGAGGAAGAAGGUGAAGACGACUUGAUGUCCCGAAUCCUGGCAGCUGAGCGCAGUUCGGAUGCGACGGAGGAUGCCUCCAAGACUGAAAAGCCAAAGCCGGACAAGCAAGGCGAGAAGGACACACAGCCCGCAAAACCCACAGUGGUGCCGGUCAAAAGGUUGCAGCUUUCGCUGCAAGGCCUGCUGGGGAUGCGCGUUUGGGCAGUCAUUGGUGAUUCUCCUGAUGCAGAAGACAUCAUCGAUCACUUGAUGGACUGCGGCAAGACUGUCUUUAAUGUUGGAAGCGGAGAGGGCGCACACUUCUCCUCAACAGCAGAACUCAACAUGGACCCCAACCUGCCAAAGACUGAAGUGCUGGCGUUCAUCGACCCCAAGGACUCCAGUGCUGUCCUUGCUGCUCUGAAUGACGUCGUGAGGCUGGGGGUGCAUGGCCUGGCGCUGCAUCCCAAUGAAGACUCAUUUGGUCCGGAAGUCUUAGCUGAGUGCAGAAGUGCAGGCAUCAUCACGCAUGGUGUUGAUGUUCUUGAAGAUGUGCAGCCUGGAGCAGGCCUUCCAGUGGCCCCUUUAGACUGA